AUGGUUCAAGACCGCCUUCGAGCUUUUGGCGGCUUUCACUCCCUCGACCCGGCUCGAGAGAAGCCGCGGUAUAAGCUACUCUGCGAUGCCUGUGUCAAAGGCGAUCUCUUCUACAUCAUCUUCCACCAGCUAUUCUGCCUCUGGUCCACCAACAGAGAGGUUGCCUAUACAUGGCUAGUGCCUGAGCGAGCAGUCGUCGACUCGGUCUUCGGUCUGCUGCUCCAGGUCCUGAGAAGAAAUUCAGAUCUGCCGGCAAUCCACCUCCACUGGUUCGCGUCAUUCCCCCUCGGUUUCAAGGAUGUUGCAGGCUUCGUCCCGCGUCGUCAGAUUCAUGACGUCCUCUCCCAGAUCAACUUUUUUCUACAGCACUUCGUCACCGGCUGGGGGCGUGUCCUCGCCAACAUUGACGAAAGGAGGUAUCCGCCUCUGGUCUGCGAGUUUCAGAGCGUCUUGAUGUGCACGUCUCCCGUGCUGCAAUGGGUACUUUUCACUUCGAGUCGCAGGAGACUUGGCAUCGAAGAUGUGGCGGCGUACGAGCUAUAUCGCCUCUUCACAACGGAUCGCAACAACGAGUCUCGCCACGGCAACGGCAGUGCUGAGUCCUGCCCCAACUCCCAGGCCCUCUUCGCAAGCAUUUGUGCAGUCGUCCCCGAACACGGGGAGUGUCCUGUACCCCGCCACAUGGGCCCGUCCGACGACUCGUCCGACGACGUGUCCUUCGGCCAUGUUCACGUCUCCGUCUUCCAACGCGUUCGCGUACCCCGCGCACCCCAGUUUCAACAACGACAGCAGCCACGGCAAUGCAUACGACACUAG